AUGUCGUCCACCGAGGAUGUCCCCGAAUCCAACAGGGAGCCCUUGACCAGAAACGCAUCCGCCACAUCCUAUUCCUACGAGAAUCUCACAGGAUGGAAGAGCGUGCGUGUUCUUCGAAUUGGGAGGGGCAUGUACCACGAUGUCAAGAGGCGUCUUCCGUAUUACUGGAGCGACAUUCGUGAUGCGUGGACGUACCGGACCGUUGCCAGUAUUAUUCGCAUGUACUUUGUCAACCUACUCCCCGCAAUUGCAUACACCUUGGAUAUGUACCGCAGAACCGGCAAUUUCUACGGAAUCAACGAGGCGCUGUUCUCCUCGGCGCUGGCCGCCAUGGUGUUUAGUCUUUUUUCCGCGCAGCCGCUGACGAUCGUCGGCAUUACUGGUUUGAUCUCGCUCUUCAACUACACCAUUUACGACAUCAUCAUUAUCUAUGAGCCUGCGAUCUAUCCCGAGUUCAUGUGUUGGGUUGGCAUUUGGGGUGCCAUUUUCCAUUGGAUUGUGGCGCUUUGCAACAUCUGUGACUAUAUGCGCUACGUGACGGACUUUUCGAGCGAGGCUUUUGCCUUUUAUGUGGGCACCAUCUAUAUCAGUGGGUCGACGUCGCUUCUUUCCGCACACUUGGGCUGGCAUGAGCUGACCUGGGCCUCAGGCAAGGGAGUGGAGGAGAUCAUCAGUGAAUUCGAGAGCAAGGGACCGACCGCGGGUUAUAUGAGCGCCAUGGUGGCAAUCCUCUAUUUUUUGACGAUAUGGACUCUGGAGAAGAUUGGCUCCAGUACCAUCUGCCGCCCUAGUCUUCGAGGCUUACUGGCAGACUAUGCAUACCCGAUCGGGACCAUCUUCUGGGUAGGAUUCACGCACAUCCCCGGCCCAUUGAAAGCGGCCGACGUGACUCGAGUGCCCAUCAGCCGAGCGUUCUACCCAACUCAACCGCGCAGCUGGCUGAUUCCAUUCUGGGAGCUCGAUGCCAAGUGGGUUUUCGCAGCCCUUCCCUUUGGGUUUCUGGUCAUGUUGCUCUUCUACUAUGACCAUAACGUCAGCAGCUUAACCGCACAGGCCCGUCAGUUCCCGCUGAAGAAACCUUCCGGCUUUCACUGGGACUUUUUCCUUCUCGGAUGUACAACCUUUAUUGCGGGAAUCAUCGGGAUUCCAUUCCCCAACGGCUUGGUUCCCCAGGCUCCCGUGCAUACCGACUCGCUGACAAUCUAUGAGACUGAACUCCGGAUCAUACCCACCGGCGAAGGUGAGGGCGAAGAGAUUCGGCGUCCCAUCGUCAACCCGACUGCCGUCGUGGAGCAGAGAGUGUCUCAUUUCGUGAUGGGCUUGGCCAUUAUCGGCACCAUGACCGGUCCAUUACUGGUUGUACUCCAUACGAUGCCGUCGGCGGUUUUCGCAGGCGUCUUUUUCAUCGUCGGUUGGGGGUCUAUCGGGUCCAACGGCAUUGUGAACAAGGCGCUGCAACUUAUCCAGGAAGAUCGGUUUAUUUCGCGCGCAGAACCUCUGCUCAGAGUGCCCAGUCGGAAAAUCCUGCUGUGGAUUUUUUGCCAACUGGUAGAUGUUGCCGCCUGCGUUGCAAUUUCCCAGACCAUCGCUGCUAUUGGGUUUCCCGUGUUGAUCAUCGCUCUCAUUCCCUUCAGAGUCUGGGCGAUUCCCAAGAUGUUUACCGCUGAUGAGAUCAGCGUGCUCGAUGACAUGACAGCCAACAAUGAAGCUGUUCUCCGCAGUCUCGGUGGAGCGCCGCGAUUCCCGGAAGAAAAAGAAGGACCCCGGCAAUAUGGUCUUGAACGCCGCUACUCUGAACGGAAGAAGGGCCCUGAGAGGCAGAGAGCAGGUAGCAUCCACCGCUGA